AGAAAGGUUCCCCGGGGAAGAGAUUGCACGGGGUAGAGCCACUGGGGUUUUAUGUAAAGAAGGGGAAUAUGGAUGGAGCAGUAGACAGACCACAAGAUAAGGCAGCUAACUGUGAUCACAAGUUCUCCUUUAAAAUGCAACAAAAGGGUACCUUCAUGUCACCAGGCUUCCCAAACAAGUACCCUCAGGAAGUGGAGUGUAGUUAUUUCUUCCAUGCCUCUCCAGAUGGUCGUAUCAAAAUCAGUUUUGACUACUUCAACCUGGAGGUGCGUUCAGAUAAGGGAUGCCAGUUUGACUACAUAGAGAUUCACUAUGUGAAUGAUGAAGGCUUUAAAUCAGAAGCUGGGCGUUUUUGUGGCAGCGACACACCUGAAGAAUUUGUGUCAUUACAACCCAAAAUGGAAAUUGUCUUCAAGUCAGAUUCCACCAAAGAACAGAAUGGCUUCAUAGCUCACUAUGAGUUUCUUGGUGACAACUGGCAGCCAUUUGGUCCUUCCACUAUAGGCUGUGGACCUGGUUACUUAACAGGGACUUCUGGGGUGAUCAAUUCGCCAAACUAUCCAGCACUCUUUCCCACCUUAAGCCGCUGUUCAUGGAUCAUCAAGGUCAAGGACACACACAAGAUCUUGCUCCAGAUUGUUGACAUGGAAAUCUCCAGUAGUAGCUCCUGCACAGAUGCAUUCCUUUUGUUCUUCAACGGGUUUGCCAUCCCAGGAAUGUAUCCUGAAGAACGCUUCUGCGACACCCUGGAAAAUGUCCCAUUAGUUAAACGAGAGUUCUUGUCCACAUCAUCCAGAGUCGUUAUCAGGUUUGAGUCUGGACCCUCCAGCUCUGCAAGGAAAACAGGAUUUAAAUUGAUUUGGACAGCAGUAUCCCUUGUCAAGCCAGCAGGUGAUUGCCAUGGUUUCAUGUGUUCUGGGAAUGACAAGUGUUCUGAUCGGUCCUCCUGUAGGAAAUACUGUAUAGAUCAGUCACUGAGGUGUGACGGCAACCCUAACUGUGGUGAGGUGGAUACCAGUGAUGAAGACAAGUGCCUCAGUAAAGUGUUGUGGAUCACCAUGUAUGCAGUCUUGCCCUGUAUCCUGAUAGUAGCAUCAAUUGUGUUGAUAGUCUUCUGCUACAAACGCCAACGCCGGAAGAAGCUGUACAUUGAGAAGAAAGAGGCCCAAAGGAAUGAACAAACUCACUGGGUUUCUCCACAUAUAAGAAGUAUGGAACAAAGUCCAAACCCUGGCCGAUCUACUACCAUGUUGACAACUUCAUUUGUAUCUGCCAAACCUUUCACAGACAUAGAUUAUAAAGACAAUCCCGUUAUUAAAGAAAACUUUGAAAAUUCUAAUAAAAGUGAUAAUUUAUCGAAUACAGUUAGCUCCGUGGAAAACACACCAAAAAAGAUCAUCAACAAUAAAAAAAGUGCGGAGGUUGAAGAGAAAGAGAUUGUUGUGCCCUCUAUAGACAAUAAAAAGGGAUAUAAUAAUGAAGAACCUCAUGUUCAGUUUGAAAUGGAUACAAUUCCAAACUUUAGAACACACCAGAAACGAUCAUCGUACCAUCUUAUGCAAGAACUGAAUCUAGGAGAGAGUGAGAUCAUGAUAGCUAAGAUUUGACAGCUAUUUACUACUAGGUUUGUUUCUGUAAAAUAUCUGUGCUGUGGUCACAUGAUGAACUUUCCAUCAUUUUGGUUCAUUUAUGAGGCAACUUGUUAUACCUGUCCAUGUUUUUAUUUCAGACUUUAUAUGUGAUAUGACUA